AUGAACGGCUACCUGUUCCUGCUGCCUGUUCUCCUGGCUGUCUGGUCUACAGUGGGCGUAUGGAUUGUCUUCGGCAUGGCUGUGGCCAACAAGGCUGUGAACAUCUCCCAGACAUUCCCCUAUAUCAGCGUCUGUGGAGCCGAUCCGCCGCAGAGCUGUGUCUUUAGCCAGGUGCUCAACAUAGGAGCUGCCAUGGGCGCCAGUAUCUGCAUUCUCCGUUACUACCAGCUUCAGGACUGGGGGCUCAAGAAGCGGUCUAACCAGGUGAUCCUGUGCAGCGGGCUUCUCUGCGCCCUGGGCACUUCCAUCGUCGGCAAUUUCCAGCAUCAGCACCAACUGGCAACACACCUGACGGGGGCCUUCCUGGCAUUCUUUGUGGGUGCCUUCUACUUCUGGCUCCAGCUUGGUUUUCUCCGGGGACUGAAGAUGGCAGCCCAGCCGGGCGCACCCUGGCUUGGUCCCCUGCGUCUGGGCCUCUGCAGCAUCUGCUCUGUGCUCUCAGUGGCCAUGGUGGUCCUGCACAUCCAGGGUCUGCGCUCGGUGGCCGCUUACUGCGAGUGGACCGUGGCCAUGAUCCUCUUCCUGCUCUUCGGCCUUCUGGCUGUGGACUUCUCUUGCCUGUCCAACUGCACCCUGCAGCUGAAGUCUGCUCCCCUCAGCAGCUCCCCGCCCGUCCCCGCUGGCUCCCUGCAGCUGCAGCAGUCCCAGGCGCUCUGA